UUCAUUGUUAAAUCUCAGACUAAUUAGUUCUCUAAAAAGAAGAAAUAAUAUGGCAUUAAGCAGCAAUGUGAUCGGUGCAAUCAACUUUGUUGCCAUGCUGCUCUCGAUUCCAAUCAUAGGUGCUGGAAUCUGGCUUGCAAAUCAAGCAGACAAUUCCUGUGUCAAGAUUUUACAAUGGCCUGUUGUAGUUUUGGGAGUCUUAAUCUUGGUUGUAGCUCUAGCAGGGUUCAUUGGAGGGUUUUGGCGCAUUCCCUGGCUCCUUUUUGCUCACCUUGUUGGCAUGCUCAUUCUCAUCAUAUUGCUUGUAUGCUUGGUUGUUUUCAUCUACAUGGUCACCAUGAAAGGCUCGGGCCACCUCGAACAGGGUCGGGCUUACUUGGAAUAUCGUCUUGAAGAUUUUUCGGGUUGGCUUCAACGGAGAGUUAAGAGUUCUUACAAAUGGGAAAGGAUUAAACUCUGUCUCAGCUCAACAGAUAUGUGUUCACAGCUGAACCAAAGCUAUACUAUGGCUAUAGAUUUCUUUAACUCUCAUUUAACACCCAUAGAGUCUGGAUGCUGUAAGCCACCUACUGCAUGUGGAUACAAUUUUGUGAAUCCAACAAACUGGAUCAGCCCCAUCAACAACAUAGCAGACCCUGAUUGCAUACAGUGGAGCAAUGACCAAACGCAGCUGUGCUACAAUUGUAACUCGUGCAAAGCGGGAUUACCUACCAAUAUAAAGCAGGAAUGGAGAAAAGCCGACAUAAUACUGCUCACAACUCUCAUUGCUUUGAUAUGUGUGUAUCUUGUAGGGUGUUGUGCGUUCAGGAAUGCCAAAACUGAGGACAUUUUUAGAAAGUACAAGCAAGGUUAUACUUAAGAACUAGGUUAAGUUUAAGCUGGUAGUGUUAGUGGUGCUAUUGGGGUGGGAUUGAAUGGAGUUUUUCAUCUUGUGACUUUGUGUAACUAAGAUGAUGUGUUACCUAUUCACAUUUGGUUGAAAAGUUGUAUAACCAAGUAGAAAUUUCUGUA